AUGGAUCAAAUCUUCGGUGACAUGGAUGACGUCAUAUUUUAUACUGAUGAUUUACUUAUAACUGGAAAAAACGAUGAAGCCCACCUUAACAACAUAAAAAAAAAUAUUGUCAACAAAGAAAAAUUGGCUUGGAACCUAGAACACUCUAAAAGUUUUAAUGAUCUUAAAAUGUUGAUUAGUCUUCCACCUGCUUUGACAAAUUUUAACCCUGAAUUACCUAUAGGGAUAGCCACUGAUGCAUCUAAAUGUGGUUUAGGAGCUGUAUUAUUUCAUACUGAAAAUUUGGAUUGUCUUUACAAAAGCAACAGAAUCAUAAUUCCGUCUUCUAUGAUAAAAAAUAUACUACAGUCAUUACAUGUAGGUCACUUGGGAGCAGGAAAAAUCAAAUCCUUAGCCAAAGAUUACAUGUGGUGGCCUGUUACUGAUAACGGCACUAACUUUACGAGUAACGAUUUUGAGAAAUUUUGCAACAAUUUCGGUAUCCAACAUGUGCUUACAUCUGCGUAUCACCAGAAAUCCAAUGGCCAGGUAGAACGCAUGGUGAGAACGUUCAAAACACAUAUGAAAAGGAAUAUUAAAAUUGAUCUAGAUAUCGCACUUGGCAAAUUUUUAUUUAAUUACAGAAAUUCGCGUAAUGAUACUACAGGAGUUACACCAUCUCAAAGAAUGUUUAAUCGAGAUAUUAGAAUUAAAUGGGACUUAUUAAAACCGUUGGAUGAGAAGGAGAAUAAAAUAAACGUUACUUUACCACGAAAUAGAACCUUUAACGACAUUUAG